AGAAUUUAAAAAAAAAAAGGUUAAAAAUGGAAGAGUUGGUAUGUAAGGACCAAAGGCAACAGAAAACUGAUCAAAAGUUCAUUUUUUUCGGGCAUGAUUAUGAAAAAUAAAAAGAGAUUAUGAAAAAUCUCAGAGGUGGAGAAGAAGAUCGCAACAACAAAGAAACUGCUUCUUCUUCAUCUGCAAAUUUCGAUUCCAGAUUCAGCCAAACUCUCAAAAACAUUCAAGGGUUGCUCAAAGGUCGCAGUUUUCCUGGUAAAAUAUCGAUAACAAGGUGUUCGGAUCCUCUUGACCCAUCAUUUUUGCCUUCACCACUACGUGACAGGAGGUUUUCAGACAGUGAUGCUGGUCAAGUGGGACAAACACAUAGAUUGACUGAGGGUAAACUCGAAAAUAGGAUUAGUUCAAAUGCUGUUUCGGCUGGUGACCAUACAGAUACUUUGAAUAUGGGUAGCAAAAACAUGACAAUUCCGAACAUGGGUGCAAGAGCUACAGAUUCUGCAAGGCUGAUGAAGUUCACUAAGGAAUUAUCUGAGCCGACUUUAGUCAUAGAAAAACUCCGUGAACUAGCAUGGAGCGGCGUGCCCCAAUAUUUGCGUCCUACUGUGUGGCGGCUUCUCUUGGGAUAUGCGCCUUCUAAUUCAGAUAGAAGGGAAGCAGUGCUGAGAAGAAAGCGGGUGGAGUAUCUCGAUUGUGUCGCUCUACAUUAUGAUAUUCCAGAUACGGAGCGCACAGAAGAAGAGAUUACCAUGCUUCGUCAGAUUGCUCUGGAUUGUCCCAGAACUGUUCCCGAUGUCUCUUUCUUUCAACAAGAAGAAGUUCAAAAGUCACUGGAGCGAAUACUUUAUACAUGGGCUAUACGGCAUCCAGCAAGCGGUUAUGUGCAGGGAAUAAAUGAUCUUGCAACGCCCUUUUUAGUUGUUUUUCUCUCUGAAUACUUAGAGGGAAAUGUCGAGACAUGGUCAAUGACUGAUCUGCCUCCUGAGAAAAUGUUGGACGUGGAAGCUGACUGUUACUGGUGUUUAACAAAGUUACUCGAUGGUAUGCAAGAUCAUUACACGUUUGCCCAGCCCGGGAUUCAGCGACUUGUGUUUAAGCUGAAGGAGUUGGUUGGAAGAAUCGAUGAACCUUGUUCAAAGCACAUGGAGGACCAGGGGCUCGAAUUUCUUCAGUUUGCUUUCCGAUGGUUCAACUGCCUUCUUAUACGCGAGAUUCCAUUCGAUCUUGUCACUCGUUUGUGGGACACUUAUCUCGCUGAAGGGGACGCCUUACCAUAUUUUCUCGUAUACAUUUACGCCAGCUUUCUCUUAACAUGGUCCGAUACUCUGCAGAAGCUCGAUUUUCAGGAGAUGGUGAUGUUUCUUCAGCACCUUCCGACGCAUAACUGGAACCAUCUGCAGCUGGAGACGGUGCUUUCGCAGGCUUAUAUGUGGUACACCAUGUUCAACGACUCUCCCAGACAUUUAGCUUGCUGAAUGGUAGUAUUAUAUUUUCUCUUUGUAUUUAAUUUCAAUCUUAUUAUGUGUUCAUUAUAUUUGUUGUUUUUGUGAAGAAAAGUCCCAGCUUGCAUUUCUAGCUUUUCUCCUUGUUGCAUUCAACUUUAUACAUAUAUACCUUUGUACAGGAGUUGUCAAAGUAUAAAUUCCUAAUAUUUUUAUAUUGUCGAA